AUGCCUCGCUAUGAUGAUCGCUAUGGGAACACUCGUCUCUACGUUGGACGUUUAUCAUCUAGAACUCGCACCAGAGACCUUGAACGCCUUUUUAACAGAUACGGAAGAGUGCGUGAUGUGGAUAUGAAGCGUGACUAUGCCUUUGUUGAAUUUAGUGAUCCUCGUGACGCUGAUGACGCAAGACAUUACUUGGACGGACGAGACUUUGAUGGAAGUCGCAUCACUGUGGAGUUUUCAAGAGGGGCACCUCGUGGUUCUCGGGACUAUGAUAGUAGAGGACCACCUCCUGGAUCGGGCCGUUGUUUCAACUGCGGUGUUGAUGGUCAUUGGGCUCGAGACUGCACAGCAGGGGACUGGAAGAACAAGUGUUACCGUUGUGGAGAGAGAGGACACAUUGAGAGAAACUGCAAAAACAGUCCCAAGAAGCUCAGGCGGAGUGGAAGCUACUCUAGGUCACCUGUGAGAUCUCGUUCUCCUCCUCGUCGUAGGAGAAGUCCAAGCCGUAGCAGGAGUCUUACCCGAAGCCGAAGCUAUAGCCGAUCAAGAUCACCGGUGAGAAGAAGAGAGAGAAGUGUGGAGGAGAGAUCACGCAGUCCGAAGCGAAUGGAAGACUCUCUCUCUCCAAGAGGCAGAGACCGUAGUCCGGUUCUUGAUGAUGAAGGCAGCCCAAAGAUCAUUGACGGUAGCCCUCCACCACCAUCUCCAAAGCUUCAAAAGGAAGACAAAAACUCUGUCGUCAGUCCCGUCGUGGGAACCGGUGGCGACAGCCCGAGAGAUGACCGGAGCCCCAUUGAUGACGAUUACGAGCCUAACCGGGCCUCCCCUAGAGGAAGCGAGUCUCCUUGA